AUUAGACUAAAAAACUCUAUUGAAUAUCAUAAGAAAUUGAGAAUGGAUCAAAACAACCUUUUAAGAAGAUGUACUAUCAAGUUUUGUUAGACACCACUUACACCUAAUAAUACCCUCACAAUUUUCUGCCAACAUAUAAUUAUUUUCAUAUUUUAUAUUUUAAUUAUUGUUUAUUUAAAAAAUAAAAUAAUAAAACUUGUGUGGGAUGUGUGAUUCUUUCUUCUAUAUAUAUAAUAGCUAUAUAGUUGCUUUUAGCUAGACCUAAUUUUCUAUAGGGUAUAGACACUCGAAUCCUGCUCUGAGUAACUCACGUGACCACAUAUAUACUUCUAUAUAUAUAUACAUAUAUCAAUCAAGUAGUAAAAAACCCAGUUGAGAAACAUCAUGGCCUAUAAUAAGUUUCCAAGUACAACAACAACAACUGAUCAGUAUUGUUGUAGCUCAUCUUUUGAUUCAAAUAAGAAUAAUAAUAAUAGUAAAGAGAUGAGGAAGAAGAAGGGUAAGAAGAAGAAUAAUAAAGUUUGUGGUGGUGUGAAACUGUCUACGGAUCCUCAAAGCGUUGCGGCUCGAGAAAGAAGACACAGAAUAAGCGAGCGUUUUAAGAUCUUACAGAGUUUGGUCCCAGGCGGAGCAAAGAUGGACACUGUUUCAAUGCUCGAAGAGGCAAUUCACUACGUCAAGUUUCUCAAGGCUCAGAUAUGGCUUCAUCAAACCAUCAUUAAUCACAAUAAUCAUCAUGAUCUUCUUCUUGAUUAUGAUGAUGACGUGGCCCUUGCCCCAGCUGCUACUACUAUUCAUAAUAAUAAUAAUUCCAUGUACCUUAGUACUCCACCUGAUCAUCAUAAUCAUCUUAUUAAUCAUUAUAAUCGUGUGUAUGCUACUCCACAGAAUGAUUAUCAUGGGUCGUCGACCACUACUACCACCACUACAACUGUGGUUCCUCUUCCUCCUCCUCCUCCUGCUGACGUCAUCAUGCCGUAUCCUCCUCCUCCUCUUCCUCAUCAAGAUUAUUAUUCUUGCUUCCAAAACCAAGAUACGAUGUCGUUUAAUAAUCAUGAUUUUAUUAAUUAUUAGCUA